UUUCCUGUGCUAAAAAGAUGGUCGUCAAAGCCGAGUGGAGCGGCCGACUCGCUCAAAUCAUUUCAAAUAAGCACUUUUGUUUGGCCUCCCCGGAAAACUAAAGUCAGCGUACGUGGUGCUUAACUGGUGCUGAGCAUAAGAUAGGUGCAGAUUGUUAGGUACACGGGAACGGCAGCGUCCUGCAAAAGUGCUGUCAUGUGAAACUGGACUGGAGGUCACGCCCCCUCCCCCAUCGCUCACAGCAAACCAUGGCACAGUCCACGUCUGAUCAGAAGGACUUCCUCUCUGAUGUGGAGACUGACUGCAGUGAAAUUAACAACAUAGAGCCUUUUCAGUCUGAAGAUCUAACCAAGAAGCUGACAAUUGACCAUGACUUCUGUUCCACGGAAAGCCCCCCAAAGCUGGAUUUCUGGUUUUGCGAAGAGUGCAAGGAGUACUUCAUAGACGAAUGCCCCAGCCACGGCCCCCCCGUGUUCGUACCGGACACACCUGUACACGUGGGAGUGCCCGGUCGUGCAGCCCUUACCGCACCAGCUGGGAUCCAGGUCGUCGAGGAGGGAGGGGAGAUGGAUGUGUGCUGUGUGGACAAGGGCAUUCUGAAAGGGGCCAUCUUUGGCCCCUACCAGGGAGAGGUGGUCGCUCAGGACAAAUCAUCAGGGUUCUUUUCCUGGAUGCUAGUUGAUGAAAACAACACCUAUAAAUCCAUAGAUGGCAGCGAUGAAACAAAAGCCAACUGGAUGAGGUUCGUGAGGAACUCCGCCGAGGAGGGCGAGCGGAACCUGACGGCCUUCCAGCACGGGGAGCACAUCUACUUCCGGGUUUGCCGCGACCUCAGGGUGGGCGAGAAGCUGCGCGUGUGGUACAGUGAGGACUACAUGGGCCGGCUGCACAGCAUGUCCCCGGACGGCAUCGGACGUGACCUGACUUCAGUUGAGAAAGGGGGUGACUUGCCCGUGUGGUCAAGCCCUUGGAACGUGACCGCAAGGGACAGAGAGGCCACGCAGGCCUUGAUAGAACACUAUGGAUCCCCAGAUAUCCAGAGUCUGCUCAAUGACAGGACCACCAAAACUAAACAGAUUUUUGAGAUCAUUGCCAAAAGGAUGGAGACGCAGGGCUUCCUUAUCAGUGAGAAUUCCUGGAAGGCAGGAGAGCGCUGCUUCCAGAAGUGGAGAAACUUGGAGAGGACUUACAAAGACUACGUCUUAGCACGCAAGAAGACUGACGCAGGAAGGAGGAAGCAGCCAGAAUUCUUUGACCAGUUCCAUGCUCUCAUGGGACAGCGGUUGAGCUCCAAGCUUGCAGCGGCGGCUAAUUCUCCAGCCCGUGCCGCUGGAGCCAAUACCAAGGCCGUCGCUCCACCCCCGGCCAUGCCGCUUUACGCCAUUGUUGUCCCAGCCAGUCACCCUGUCACAGUCAGCAUCCCAACCACCUCCACCUCCGAGGCGGAGAACCGGGUCCACGCUGGCGCCACUGGGCCAGAGCCGCAGGCGAGGAAGUCGGCUAGGGAAAGAGUCCCUCAUCCAAAGCUGUUGCAAGCUCUUGACCAGAAGGAUGAGAGGACAGAAAAGCGAAUUCAGAAGAAGAAGAGAAGAUCCUGGUUGGGGGAAAAAGCUGAAAAUGGUGGUGUUCUACCUGUGUGGUCCGACCGAAAGGUGACCAAUCAGGACGUGGAGGCCACUGAAGCACUGGUGGAGCUUUACGGGUCUCCUGAAAUCCAGGGACUGAUCAAGGAGAACAAAACCCGGACCAAGCGGAUAUUUGAGAUCAUCGCCAGUCGCCUGGAGGAGCAGGGCUUUCCCAUAAGCGACGUGCCAGAGCGUGCUGGCGAACGCUGCUUCCAGAAGUGGAGGAACUUGUCGAGGGCGUACAAGGAGUACAUCAUGCACCCCGAAAGGCCGGACGCAGCCAAGAGGAAGCCGCCCCCCUGCUUCGAGCAGCUCCAGGAUCUGCUGGGUCACCGGCUGAACCUCCAGCUCUCCGGAGCCGUGGACAGCCCCGCGCUUGACGGAGAGGCUGACGCGGAGGUGGAAGGGGCGUGCCAGUCGCUCCUCAACGUGGUGGAGGUCCCAGAAAGCCCCCCGGAUGGAGUAAGCUUGCCGUCGACGUCCUCCCCGCAGGAGGUCAGCUACCUCCAUGGGGGGCCAGCGGCCACCCCCCCGAAGCGGAAGAGGCUGGCAGACGUGGCGGAGCUCCUCCAGGAGUACAGGGAGGAGGACAGAAGGCUAGAGCAGGAAAGGGAGCGGAGGGCAGAGGAGCGUUUCCAACAGCUGAGAACAUUGCUGCAGCAACAGCAUGCCGAGAGAAUGCUGUUGAUGAGGGAACUGAUUAGCUCCAUCAAAAAGAAAUGAAAUCUCUUUUUCCAUAGAAACCUCUUUUUAAUUCCCAGAAUAGGAUAGUCAUUUUUUAAACCUUAAUGUAAGUCUUUAUACAUGUAUUACUCAAGAACAGUGUAUUUCUAGCCAAAGGGUUAUUGUUUCCAGUGAUCAUUGACGUUUGUGUUUUAGACUGACUUUGAUGGUCUGCUCCCGCCUUCGUUUUGUGAGGGCAGGAAGCCUUACUCCUUUUUUUUUCUUUCUUUUUUUUUUUUUUUUACUUCUGCUACUUGUAUCAGAACACUAAGAAAUGACAUAGACACUGAGAUCCAUACUCAUUGUAUAAUGGAAGUAGAGCUUUCAAACUGUUUAUUUGUGACAGCUCUGUUCAAAUAAACUGAUUGGUUCAUGUCUGA